AGCCCUCAACGGCCAUACCCAAAGGCCCAAAAACCAGUGGCAUUUCCCGUAAUAUUUCUCCGCCUUGUGUCCCAUUGCCAAUUCCUCCGUAACUUCCUCGUUGCUAAAACCCUAAAACCCCAAUUCUCGCACAAUUCUUUGGAAACCCUUUCUUUUCGGCGGCUCUGUGCUCUUUGACGUCGGAGCCUUUGGGUUUUCCUCUUUCGCCGCCGGCCAUGGCCUUGCUCAGCCGCCUGAGGCCCGCCGCGCUGUGGCUUCCUCGAGUGUCGUGUUCGAACCGGGGAUACGGAUCAGCUGCGGCGCUUCAGCUCGACUUCGAUUAUUACGAUGAAGAAGACAACGGCCCCCGAAUCCAUUCGGACCGUACCCGGUUCGUGGAGGAUUCUGAUGGAUCCUUACCAGGCAGGGGAGUUCAGUGGGUGAUCAUCGGUGACCCAAUGGCAAAGCGAAAUGUCUAUGCUGAGUGGCUCUCCAAGCUCCUGGGCGUUCCCCAUAUUUCCAUGGGCUCUCUUGUCCGUCAAGAACUCCACCCUCACUGUUCUCUUCACAAGCAGAUUGCAAGUGCUGUGAAUGAGGGGAAGCUAGUUCCAGCCCAAGUAAUUUUCGGGCUGUUGUCAAAGAGGCUGGAAGAAGGGCACUGCCGGGGUGAAAGUGGUUUCAUUCUGGACGGGAUUCCUCGAACCAAGGCACAAGCUGAAAUGCUAGACCAAGUUGUGGACAUUGACUUGGUUUUGAAUCUAAAGUGCAUAAAGGAUUCCACGGUGAAGAAAAGUGCAAGUGGUGGGAUCUUUUCGUGUCCAGAAUUUCUCAGCAUGAGCAGCCCCUCUAAAUUGAACAUUGGUCCGCAGCCAGAGACUGUUAAUUUGAAGUUGUCUGAUUAUGCAGAAACUUCCUGGAGGGAGAAGUUGCGUGUGUACGCAGAGCAGAGCAAACCAUUAGAAGAAUAUUACAGGAAGCAGAGAAAGCUACUUGAUUUCCAAGUAUCUGGGGCGCCGGGAGAGACAUGGGAAGGCCUCCUCGCUGCUUUGCACCUUCAGCACAUGAAUGUUAUCCCUUCACCACAGAAGUUGACCACUUGAUGCUGAUCUGAAUCCACCCCUUUCUUCAAGGAGUGAUCAGUAUGGAAAUCUGAGUGUGAUAAAAGCUCAAGAGUUUUCUUUUUGGGCAUUCAAUUUUGUUUGCUUUUUGUUUGCCAUUUGUGUACAAGUAGUUGUAGCAAAGAGCCACGGUAGAAGCCAUAUAUUGGUAUUGUUCAGUCUUUCUUUCUGUUAUAGCCAGAUUAAGUUAAAUUACUACUCCCUAUUAUGUUAAAGAGAACUGAACCGUAAGAAUUCUCACGGA